GAGUUUCUUCUACAUUUUUUCAAGAUCCAGGUCCUAGUUCUUGCUCAGAUUAAAAAAAAAAAUUCACUCCAACGUUGUCCUCUAAUCUUCUUUGAAAUGAAGUUGAAAAUCUGAAACAUUCAUUGGAUCCACAUGUGAUGCUCUGUUUUUGGUGAUCUUUUUUUUUUUUUUUUUUUUUUUUUUUUUUUUUUAAUUUAAAGAUUUGGAAUGGAGAUCUUCAUCUGCUCCUAGGAAGUUUCCUGGAAGGUUUUUGGAUCUAUUUGAAUCGAUCUAGCUGGGGUUCUCGUUUUGGAAAUUGAACUGAAAGUUCGUUUUUUUCUUUUAAUGGAAAGUAUGACAAGCAAGAGAGGAGAGAAGAGAAGUUAUGAGCGGAGUGUUGAGGAUGAAGAUGAUAUUGCCUCGUCCAAGAAACCAAAUGUGCCAGCUCUUGCAAGUGUUAUUGUGGAAGCUUUAAAGGUGGAUAGUCUGCAAAGACUUUGCUCGGCUUUUGAGCCUCUCUUUCGUCGUAUUGUUAGUGAGGAAGUGGAGCGUGCUUUAUCAAAACUAGGUCAUGCUAAGCUAGUCGGAAGGCCUUCUCCGCAGACUAUUCAAGGCCCCGAAGGAAGGAAACUGCAACUUCAUUUCAAGUCAAGGUUGCCACCUCACCUAUUCACAGGUGGAAAGUUUGAAGGAGAGCAUGGUACAGCAAUCCAUGCUGUCUUAUUAGAUGCGAACACAGGCUCUGUUGUGCAGGUAGGACCAGAAUCAGCUGCCAAAUUAGAUGUUGUUGUGCUUGAAGGUGAUUUCAAUGAUGAAGCUGAUGAUGAUUGGACUAAAGAACACUUUGAGAGUCAUGAAGUGAAGGAACGGGAGGGAAAGAGACCACUUCUGACUGGGGAUUUACAGAUAACUCUCAGAGAGGGAGUUGGAACCCUUGGGGAACUCACUUUCACAGACAAUUCUAGUUGGAUAAGGAGUAGAAAAUUUCGGCUUGGCAUAAAGGUUGCUCCUGGCUACUGUGAUGGAAUUCGUGUCCGUGAGGCUAAAACGGAGGCAUUUGCUGUGAAAGAUCAUAGGGGAGAACUGUACAAGAAACAUUAUCCACCUGCUCUACACGAUGAAGUCUGGAGAUUGGAUAGAAUAGCGAAGGAUGGAGCACUGCACAAAAAAUUGACAAUGGCUGGAGUAUAUACAGUUGAGGAUUUCCUCCGACUUCUCGUUAGGGAUCCACAGAAAUUAAGGACUAUCCUUGGCAGUGGAAUGUCCAAUAGGAUGUGGGAGAAUACAGUGGAGCAUGCCAAGACAUGUGGUUUGGGUGGAAAGCUCUACGUUUACUAUGCUGAUGAAACCCAUAGCUCUGGUGCUGUCUUCAACCAUAUUUAUGAGCUUAGAGGUGUUAUUGCAGAUGGGCAGUUUCUAUCUGUCGAAUCACUCUCACAGAGUCAAAAGGUCUCAGUUGAUUUGCUGGUGAAGAGAGCAUAUGAUAAUUGGAUACACACUGUAGAAUAUGAUGGCAAAGUCUUACUGAACUCCCUAAACAGAGUACCAGAACUACCGGCUGUACCUGGAGUGGAUGACAAUCCUGUCACAGAUCAUUACUACCUGCCUCCAACAUGUACGCAGAACUAUUUCUCAACUGACCAAGGGACAAAUUUCCAUACUAAGAACAAUCUAACCACAGUCAACCAGCAAAUUGAAUUCCCAUUCACAAGAUUGGAUCCGGCAGUAGGGCUGGCACUGACAACACCACAGGUGUCAUUUUCGGGCGGCAUUGACUACCAAUCUGGUGGAACUUCAGCAGUUGUAGGUUCAUACAUGUCUGGUGAUUGGAAUCGUUCACGUGAGGCACAUGGUCUAGAAGAUAUGUUCUCUGAGGAAAUUCGGUUAAGGAGCUCAGAAAUGUUGGCGAAUCAGGAUAUGCAGCGGUUGCUGAAGACUUUUAAUAUGGGAGGUGGGAAUGGGUUAGGGACUACUUUUGGUCUUUCAGAUGAGGCUUGUUAUUCCUACAAACCUAUGUAUGAGCCUCAGACAGAUUGCAAGUUUAGCCGUAAUUCUGGGAAGGCUGUUGUAGGCUGGCUUAAGCUGAAAGCUGCUCUGAGGUGGGGCAUAUUUAUAAGGAAAAGAGCAGCAGAGAAGAGAGCUCAGCUUGUUGAACUAGAAUGAGUGGAACACUUGGGCGCAGUAAAAUUGCAGGUUCGACCUACAGAACUUUGGAACUUCAUUUACCCAACCCUAACAUCAUAAAAGAUCUUGUUUAUGAAUUCAAGGAAUCAAGGACCUACCUUCUUCUUAUAUUUAUGGAAUUUGAAGGUGAUCUUGCCCUUGCCCUUGUCUUUAUUUUCCUUCUGAUUUUCAUCAUGCUUGUUCAUUUGUUUAUGUAUCUUUUAAAGGUGUAUUGCUUUUGAAGCAUCAGAUGGAUACUGGAUCAAGCUUUUGUAAAUUACAUGGCACAUUUAGUUAUAUAUUGAUGUGAAAAUUGCUUUCAAA